GAGGAGGAGGCGGCGGCGGCGAGGAGGAAACUCCAGUUGGGGAGCAUGUCGAGUAGUGAAGAAAAGCCGCUGGAAGAAAGCGUAGGAGGUCCUACGGAAAGCAUCUCUGAGGGUGGCCAGGCAUCGGCAGGCAAAGGAAACGUGGAGACAACAGUGCAGGUGCCGGAUGACACAGAAGGGCCUGGGGGCACUUCAGGAGAAGCCCCAGAAGAGUCGAUGAGGAGCAUAGCGGACCGUGCCAGCCAGGCCCUGAACGCGCAGAUGCCCUUCGCCUCGGAGGAGAAUGAGCACAUGUACUUGGAGGCCCUGACUACCAGCUCCCAGCGCGGUUCCCUAGAAAUUUUAAGUGGAACGUCUGAAGAAACAGAGAAAAAUGAAGUAGAUAAAGUUUUUGGAGAAUUGAGUGGAUGGGAUUUUCAAGAGGCUUCUGGGUCAGCUCAUCAGAGUCCUAAUGACACUGCGGACCCAUCCUCUGCAAGGAGACCCUCAGUCCGCAUUUAUGAGGGUGGGAGUAUUCCUUAUGAGGAAGAGAACCCUUCUUCCUCCAAAGAACCACCAUCACAAGAAUCAUUGUUGUGCUGCACCACGGAGGAUAGUCUAUUCAGAGAAAAGACAGAGGAGGAAAAAAUUUAUCCGCUGAACCUGGCCUGGUGCUACGGAUGGAACAGCUCCCUCCCCAUUUACAACAUGCAGGAUGAAAACCAGAGGAUAGUGCUCUACGCCUGCUCUCACACCGCCGUGCUCUACGAAGCCUUCAAGAACUGCCAACACCAUCUCCAGGGCCACAGUAAUGUGAUCACUUGUAUUUGCGUGAGUGAAAACAGAAGGUGGAUUGCAACAGCUGACAAAGGCCCCCGAUGCCUGGUGAUCGUAUGGGAUGGCUUCUCAGGUAUUCCUGUGCAUACAAUAUUUGACAGCUGUCCAGAAGGAAAUGGCAUUAAAGCCAUGGCAAUGACAAAUGAUGCGAAGUUUUUAGUGACCAUCGAUGAUGGGACAUUCCAGAAAGUCUGCAUCUGGAGAUGGACAGUGGACACCGAGACGCCUGCGUGUUCUGUCACCCUGGAACCAGAUCUGGGUGUCCAAGAAUACAUUAUUUUCAAUCCUGGUAAUCAUAGAGAAUUGGUGAGCAACAGCAAAACCCACGUACUGUAUUACGAAUGGGAUGAAGCAAAUGGCAUUCUUCACUUUAGUAUGCCUGUUUUAACUGAAAAAACGUUCAACAAGAUUGUGGGAAAAUUUAGCCAGUCCAUCUUUCAUUUUGUGACCAGACAGAUUUUGACUGCCACAAUGGAGGGGAAGCUGGUGGUCUGGGACCUCCACCCCCCACCUCGAUCUUAUACUCCCUUAGAGGUGCUUCGUAUUAAAGCCUGUAAACUGGUGCAUUUGCAGAAGGAUGCCCUUACUGUGUUAACGACUGUGGACAAAUACUUUGUCACCGGCGAUGUCAGAGGUCACAUUAGGUUCUAUGAUAGCAAGCUGUCGCUGGUUAACUGGUACAGCCAGUUCAAACUGAGCCCCAUAGUAAUGCUGUCCUUUUCAAAGAACCCCGUCUUUCCUGUGGGGGAUAAAUCAAGCUUCCCAUCAGACUGCACCCUUCCUGGCAACCCUUUCAUUGUAAGAAAUUUUAUCAUUGGCACAUCUGAUGCCAGAGUGUACCAUUUAACGACAGAUGGGACCAAACUAGAAGAAGUCUUGAUUGAGCCCAAGGAAGCCAUUCACGCCAUCGCUUGCCAUCCCUACAAGCCCCUCAUUGCUAUUGGGAGUAACUGCGGGCUGCUCAAAAUGUGGAAUUAUCGGAAGAAACUCUAUGUAGUGAGCAGGAUCUUCGAGGACGGGCUGGGCGUCCAGAGCCUGACCUUCAAUCCCGAAGGGUAUCUUUUGGGGGCUGGCUGCACCGAAGGGACGGUUUACAUUAUGGAUGCUGUGUCGCUAGAAAACGAGACUCCAGAGCCUUUCAAAUAUUCCAGAGGCAAAGUGACUCUUAUCAGCUUCUCCCAUGACUCCGAAUUUCUGGCAACUGCUGAUGUAAAUUUUACUGUGGCAGUUUACAAGAUAGUGAUAAAAAAUGGAGAAAAGGUCUGGGAAUAUUUAGCAAGACUUCGUUCUCACCACAAAAAAAUCCAAAGUUUGCUGUUUGGGAUUCAGCCGGACAACAACGAGCCCAGACUCCUCAGCCUUGGCAAGGACAGAUUGCUGAUAGAGUACGAUCUCCUCAGCAGCACCAAGGACCACCUGGAGGUCCUGGACAUCCAUCGCACGGACCAGGAGGCCAUCCCCAGGUGUAUGGUCUGGUACCCGCCAAUCACCCGAGAGGCCUUCUUGCUCAUUUGCAACAGCGUGUACAAAGUGAAGCUGUUUAAUUCCACCACCAAGAUGUGCAGAAAGACGCUAAUUGGGCCAACUUAUGGGUCGCCCGUUAAGCAAGUCCUGAUCCUCCCAGAGAAGUUCACAGAUGACUCGCAGCAGCGAUACUUGGCAUUUAUAAACAAAGACAAGGUUGGACUUCAGAUCUUACCAGUUGAUGGGAAUCCCCACAAGACAGCUGCUAUUAUUUGCCACCCAGAUGGGGUGUCCAACAUGGCUCUUUCUUAUGAUGGCAUCUACGUCUUCACUGCAGGAGGCGAUGACCACACCGUGUUACAGUGGGAGAUUAAUUUAGGGGCUCUGGAGGCAGCGGUUUUCCUGGGGGGUAAAGAUCUGACCCCAUUCUAUGGUCUGCUGGAUGGGGGCAGAGAAGGAGAAUUCUACAAGGAACUGGAGGACUAUUUUUAUUAUUCUCAGCUGCGUAGUCAGGGUAUUGAUACAAUGGAGACCAGAAAGGUGUCAACACAAAUUCCCCUGAGCGAGCUUCCUUUUGUAAUGAGAGCAAUUGGCUUCUAUCCAUCUGAAGAGCAGAUUGAUGAUAUGCUAAAUGAAGUUAAAUUCAGUGAGUAUGUGGAUACAGGGAAGCUCGUUGAUUCGAUCAACUUGCCAGAUUUUGUGAAGGUUUACAUCAACCACAGGCCACCUUUUGGUCAAACCAUGAGUGACGUACGAAAUUCUUUCAAAAUUCUUGGCUAUCUCAAUAAGGAUGAAGAAAUGGCUAUUAGGAGAGAAGAUUUCCUAGAAUUGCUUCUAACCAAAGGGGAGCACAUGACUGAGGAGGAGCUGUCAGACUGCUUCAGCACGCUGUUUGGCCUGAACCCAGAGGGCUGGAAAUCGGAACCUGCAACCUUGGAUUACAAAGGAUCUAGCAUUUGCCUGGAGAAAGAGCUCCCAGAAGAAAUCACUGCUGAGAUAUUCACUGCUGACAUUCUUGGCUUGCCCAUUCCUGAAGACAUCUGAAAAGGCCACCGAAGUGGGAGGGACCCAGGAAACACAGGACUUGGUCUUUUCCCCAAGGGAUGCUGCUCUCCACUUAACACACUUCCCCCAACC